UUUUUUUUUUUUAAAAAAAAAAAAAAUUGGUGACCUUUAUGAAGAAAUUUACAAAGAUCAAGAAACCAAACUCUGAAAAAGAGGGAACCAAUAUUCAAGUAGUCUUACGAUGUCGCGGAAGAAAUAUUCAAGAAAUAGAAGCAAACUCACCUGUGAUAGUGGAACCUGUAUCUAGUAGUCGUCAACGGGAUGUUUUGAUCAAAACGACUAACAAAGUUUAUUCUUUUGACCAUGUAUUUGGCCCUGAAUCCAAUCAAGAAGAAAUAUACUAUGAAGUGGCACAACCUAUAUUAGAUCAAGUCUUGUUGGGAUAUAAUUGUACUAUUUUCGCUUAUGGCCAAACUGGUUCUGGGAAAACAUAUACCAUGGAAGGAGAUUUAUCAGAUCGAACUAUUGGAAGCAAUUCAAAGGCUGGCAUUAUACCACGAGUAAUAUAUAAAUUAUUCGAAUCUUUGGACUAUCAAGGUGCGGAAUAUUCUGUUAAAGUUUCACUUAUAGAACUUUAUAACGAAGAAUUACGUGAUUUACUCAGUGUUGGUGGUAACAAUGGACCUUUGCGUAUUUAUGAAGAUCAUCAAGGUUCUGGUGUCAUUGUACAAAAUAUUGAAGAAACUCUUAUCUCUAAUGCUGAAGAUGGUCUCCGUGUACUACAGGAAGGAACUCGAAAUAGAAGUAGUGCUGCAACAAAAUGCAAUGAAAAGUCAAGUCGAUCUCAUUGUAUCUUUACUUUGACUGUACAUAUUAAGGAAUUAGUUACUGGAGGUGAAGAAGUAUUGAAAGUGGGUAAACUGAACUUGGUGGAUUUAGCAGGCUCUGAAAAUAUUAGUCGUUCAGGUGCUGAAAAUACUAGGGCGCGUGAAGCUGGUAUGAUCAAUCAAAGUUUACUUACUCUUGGACGUGUUAUCAAUCAACUUGUGGAUCACUCACCUCAUGUACCUUACAGGGAAAGCAAGUUGACUAGGUUAUUGAAAGAUUCGUUGGGUGGACGGACAAAGACAUGCAUUGUUGCUACAGUAUCUAUAGCGAAACUCAGUCAAGAAGAAAUCGUUAGUACUCUGGACUAUGCUAGCCGCGCCAAAAACAUCCGGAAUACUCCUGAAGCUAAUCAACGUCUAAACCCGAAGAUACUGCUAAGAGAAUACGAAUCAACCAUCGAAAGACUAAAGGCAGACUUGACAGCUAGCCGAACUCAAAAAGGUGUUUACCUGUCCCAAGAAACCUAUAACAUGAUCAUGGAUGAAAAACAAAGCAAGACCGAUCGUGUAGAUGAACUCAGUAGGGAUAUCGAUACUCUCCGUACUUCUUUGGAAGAACGUGCAGCUGAAUUAGCCGAGAUGACAAAAUUGAUGGAAACAAAAGAAUUGAAACUGGCCUCUACAAAGAUGAAAUUGUACGAUCUAGAUUCUAAAUUGAAACAUCAGCUUCAAGAAUUUCAGCAACAAAUGACAUUGUAUACUAUUGAUGUGGAAUCGACGAUUGAACAACACUUUGAAUCUGUGGAUAAAAGUACUGAUACAAUGAAUUCGCUGGCGACACAAGGUAUCAACAAUCAAAAAGAACUAACUUCUAAGAUCGACAAGAUUCGCCAACAAUUUUAUGAUGAAAUCAAAGCUCAAAAUAAAAAAGCAAAGGACCAGAUGCAUCAUUAUUUCAAAUCUAUGGAUAAAGAAAUUCAUGAUUUUGGAAAUCGACUUGGACAACUUGGUCAAUUUUUUACUCAAGAUAUUCGUAGACAUAUUUCAGAAGAAGAAGCUUAUCUUACAUCACAACAACAAUGGGUAGAAACUCUUGGUAACGACACAUUAUCAAAGGUGACGAAAGAAUUAGCAACAUUGAAUGAACAACAUGAAUUACUUCAGGCUUUUGUUGAACAAGAACAUGGACGACGUAAAGAAGAAGAUACAAAGAUGACUGAAAUGGUAUCUCAAUAUCUUGCUCAAAUGAUGGACAAAUAUUCUCAUGAACGAUCCUGCAGAUUAAACAAUAUUAUGGGCGAUGUUCGCGAACAAUUGAAUCAAAGUGGAGAUCAGCUUAGAUCCUUCCAACAUCAGAUCAAAUCAGUUUUAUCUUCAAAUUUAGAUAAGAAUGCUUUACGGAUACAACAAGUGCAAAAUUUUAGUGGUAAGACUCUGUUACAACAAGACCUAUUGGGCAAGAUUCAAAAGUCUAUAUCUCAUCAUGGCGAGACAUCUUCGAUCAACCAUCAAUAUUUACAGAAACAUGUAAAUGAAAAUGGAUCAGUGGUGGACAAAACAUGUCAAUCUUUAGCGACAGAAAUAUCUAACAGUUCUCAAAAGCUCGAAAGUAUGAUAUCAACAAUAACAUCAUCGACAAUAGAUAUCAAGUUUGAACCAUCAUCCACAACAACAAUAGAACCAAUAGUGACAACAAAUACAUUGGAAAAUCAAAAAGAAGAUAAAGUAGAAGAUGAUGUACCUCGAAUACUAUUACAAGAUAUUAGCAAUAGACAAGGUAAAAUAUAUAUAUAUUUAUGAAUAUUAUUUAUUUAUUUUUUAUAUUUUUAUUAUAGUGAAAAGAAAAUUAGAAUAUGAUAUGACAGAUUUAGUGAAGAAAAAUCGAGUACCUAUUUCCAAGAAACGCUUUUUAUCACAAUAAAAUAUCUCCCCCUUACUCCUUUUACUGUUGAAUUA